AGGAAUUCGUUAACCAGUUAAUUAUAUCCUGUUAGCACCAGCGCGACCUAUGAAAAGUAAAACAAGCGAUAAUACGUAAACAUAUAACUAUGUGCUAAUACCUAUAUAAUAAAAAAAAAUUGUGAGAGUCGAGAACGCUUCGGCACGAAUUGGGCCAGCUCGCACCGAGGAAGUACCACACCCCCACAGAAAACCGGCGUGAAGUAGUGGCAUGUCACUGUGGUUCGUACGGUGAGUGGGGGAGCCGGAAGUCCGUUUCCUUUUCCUCACCCGUCCCAGUCCAUUCCUUCUUUCCAGACGUUAAUUCUUAAAUUACACGAAUAUAUAACUAACUAGCUAACCCAGCUAACGCUAUUAUGCCUUACUCUUAUCAUAUUAUGAAAUAUAUAAUAGUAUGAAAAUAAAUGUUGACCGAUUCUUAGACCUAUCUGAUAUGCACACAAAAUUUCAUGAGCAUCGGUCCAGCCCCUUCGGAGGAGUAUGGUAGCUAACAUUGUGACACGAAAAUUUUAUAUACAUCUAGAAGAGAUAUACCUUUUUCCUAUGUUAUUCUGGAAGAACUGAUCGGCUAUCUUGAAUGUAUUAAAAUCAUUCAAUGCAAGCAUUAUUUAGAAUCUACACUAUUUUACAAACAGUACGCUUUAUGUCUAUGAAAUUUCGAAGUAAAACUUAUCUUAUCGAUAUAGGUUACGACCUAAAUAAAUAACUCUAACAAAUGAGAAUCGUUAAGCAAAAUGUGUAGUAGACAUAUGAUUGAGCAAUGGUCAUAUUCAUCAAUUUUCUAUUUAUUACGUUAGUUUUAUGUGCGGAAAGUAGCGACAACGACGAAACUGCUUUAUAUUAUUAUGGCUUAGAGGAGAGCGAGCGCGGGCUCCCGCGCUGCGGCGAGCGGCAGGCGUGCUCCGCGCUGGUGGCGCGCUACUGGCGGGCGCGCGCGCUGCUGCGCCUGUGCCGCUGCGCGCGCCGCCUGCGCUGCGACACGCCCGCCAGCGCCGACAGGCUCAUCGAGAUUAACAACCGCGCGUAUUUACAGUUCUGUAAACCUACAACGGAUUGGCCCGAAUGUACAAUAAAUGACACUCCGCUUACCGUCGAAACAUCGUACGAUAGAAUGAAUCCAGACGAAAUCGAGAAUUUACACCAUGAGGAGCGCCAACUGACACCGCCAAAUAUCGUACUCAGUUGUCGAUGUCGAUACCCCAACUAUUGGAAGUUGAAAACGGAAGAAGAAACAAUUUCCACGUAUCAGUGUUCCUCGCUACCAUUGUGUAAAUCAGGUGAUUACUGCGGCAACGUAGACAACGACUCGCUUGCCCUGUACCAAUCCUGCUUGUGCCCGAAGAAUCACAUAUGUGUGCACAAUGGCGGAAUUUCUCACAUACAAAUAUCGGAACUGUUGUACCGCGGAAAAGGAUGGAAAGCAUACUGUCAACCGAUCAGCGACGAUUAUUUGUAUGAUUACUGAUGAAGUAUAAAAAAACCAAGGAAAAAUGCUACAAAUUAUUCAUAACA